GGACUUCGUUCGAUAAGAACACAUCUGUCUGCCGCUGCCCAACUCUCCCACGAACCAGAACCACAUUUUUGUGCUGGAAAUCUUUCGUUUAACUAGGCAACUCUACACAUUGACAUUCUCGAUUUUUUAGAUCUUCGCAAUCCGACCCCUCUCGAGUCCUGGCACAUCCCAAUACUACUUGACCAUCGGGGCUUCAAUUGAAGAAAGAGAUUCCGCUGCGACUUGCGACAACACCAACCCUCAACCUUUUGACUCGGCGACAAAGCCCAAGUUUUUGACACGAUGUUGGGUGUAAAUUGGUGGGGCCUUGUGCUCCCGUUUGCCUAUUUGAUUGUUCUCGUUGGUUCCCUAAUGACCUUCUCCUCGAUGUAUCGAAAACGAAUAGCUGGUAGGUCUCUCGCUGCCCCAAGUAAAGGAAUGACACUCAUAUUUCGCAGCGAAAUCCGCCAAUCUCGCGCCUUGGUUCCCACCGCAUUUGCAAAAAAAUGUAUACCUGUCUUUACUCCACUUGGAGCCAGCCGAGAAGUCGCCAGCUGUCCCAGAGAGUAUAUUGCGCGCUGCGUUGUUAAGAAGAGCUGUUGAGGAUAUUAGACGUAUCAUUGAAAUCAGAAGCGCAAAGCAAGCUUGCAGCACACUUUUACAACGUGGUAGUGUUGGAGAUGAUUUAUGGCAACGAUUUCAGAGAGCCGAGAAAGAGAUGGAGGACGAAUUGAGAGAUGUGGUUAUGGAGGUUCGUGACUUAUUCUAAAUACAUGUGUCAAGUACUGACUUUGAACAGGCAAAUGCACUUGGUCCAAACUGGGGUCAAACAAUCUUCCAAUCGGCAAACGAGAUUGCUGCAGGCACACAAUUCAAAACCAGACUCGACGAGAUCACUUCACAAACCGAGGAAGAGAAGGAAUGGUGGGAAAAGCGAAGGGCAUCCAUCCAAUCCGAAUUCAUGAAGGAGAUAGAAAACGAGGCUCCGGAAAGUCCUGCUAAGAAGAUUGGCGGGAGUGUGACUACCGAUGACGAUGCGGUUUUGGUGGACAGUGCCAGCAAUGCUGGGAGCAUCAGGAAGAAGAAGGGAAAGAAGUAA